AUGGCACUGGUACAGAAGCUCAAGUUCAGCAAACGGUAUUCAGCUGCCCACCUGCUGGACUCCCGAAAGAACCGCUUAAUGUACUGUGUAAUCAAGCAGCUCUGGCUCCAUCCAGACUGUGGGUGUAAGGCUCGAGGGUCACCGCUGAAGCAUUCAAUCACCAAGAUCUAUCAGCAGAUGCAGCAGAGGGUGACAGUGGAUGACCUGGUGUUGAGCAAGUUGGGGAUAUCCAUCCUCAAAAUUAACUCUAAAUCCAUCUCAGAGUUUAUGAGGAGACAAGCGGCCCUGUCUGCCACUAAUGUUACAGAUCCGGGUCUGGGUAUCCUCCGUCGACAUCAGAGCAUCUCCUCCACCAGCCAAGCCCCUGCACCAGGGCUGCCUGAUGAACUUCCACACACCAGCAGGCCUCAGGUCCACUGUGACAUCGCUCCAUCUUUGGCAGGGAAAAGGAUGCUGAAGACAAGAGUGGUCCGGAAGUGGGUCCGAAAGCCAAAACCCCAGCCACCACCAGCCCCACCACUUCUGUCCUCAUCCCCACUGCUGCUGCCACCGCCACCGCUUUUCCCAGCCGCCAGCACAGCUCCAGGACCCCCACCUACAGGGCGGCCCACUCAGGUGACUCCAGCCAGGUCCACCAUCUAUGAAAGGAGGAGGUCACUGCUUUCUGGGAGCAGUGUUAGAGACCCAAUAGUGUACCUGUGUGCACUCUGUGGCCACCCCACCCAAGGCCACAAAAAGUACCUCAAAAAAACCAACGCUGGGACCCCCAAAGACUCACCGGCCGGCUCAGUCUCAGAGACGCCCAAGAAGAGGAAGAAGAAGUCCAAGAAGAACACGGAGAACAUGACCAAAGUCUACAUGUCUGUGCUCAACAGCGUCUUCGGAGCCGAGAGGGAACUGGCUCAGGCAGAGCUCGAUGAGCUGCAGCAGGCCUUCAAAGAGUUUGACUAUGACCAGGAUGGAUACCUGAACUACAAGGACGUGGCUGAGUGCAUGAGGACUAUGGGAUAUAUGCCCACAGAGAUGGAGCUGCUGGAAAUUGUCCAGCAGAUCAAGAUGAGAAUGGGGGGCCUGAUGGACUUUGAGGACUUUGUGGAGCUGAUGGGGCCCAGGAUGAUGGGGGAGACAGCGGACAUGCUGGGUCUGAAGGAGCUCCAGUCUGCUUUUGUACAGUUUGACUUGGAUGGAGAUGGAAACAUAAACCAGGAUGAGAUGAAGGAGGCGGUGAAGAGCCUGCUGGGAGAGAAGCUGAAGAAGGGCGAGCUGGAGGAGAUCCUCAAGGAGCUGGAUGUCAACGCUGAUGGCAACAUCGACUUUGAAGAGUUUGUCAUGAUGCUCUCCAUUCGCUAAAGACUAACAGCUAAUGGCUAACUGCUAAUGGUUAACAACUGGACAACAUGAACACCACAGCUCACCUCAGGAAGCAGCAGAGUGGAUGUAGACAAAAGUCUAGUACAUUUACAGACUGUAUGUGCCUAAGUGUAAUACCUGUGUGAAGUCAAUGUGACAGAUAACUGACUAAAACAAUACACUUUGGUAUUAUAUUCAUGUAAACACAAGAGAAACCAUAGAAACCAUAAGAAUAAACUUUAUAUUUUAAUAAACACUAACAGUAAACAAAGAAUAAACAUAUUUUAAUAAGAAA